AUGGCCGACGGCGGAGGCCUAGACAAUCUGCCGCAAUUGCUGCCCUCCUCCUCAGUGCAGGAACCUCCGAACCAGCUUACUUUCUCCUCGGCCUUUUCGCGCGCUGCUCGAGCCCCUGCCAUAACCGCAAGUCUAUCGGGAGUGACAGGCAUUGCUGCCUCCCAUUUACCACCCCCGCCUCUGUCAUCGCCUCCAACGCCCUCAACCAUGGCUGGGUGGAUUGGCUGGUUGUUUACCUUCUUUUUUCAGGUUGUCCCGAGCAUACUUUACUGGAUCAUCACCUUCUGCACCAUCACCCUGCCAACAUGGCUCUUUACGCUCUUUUCCAUGAGCCUGACCUUCACCAUGAACUUCACGACCUUACUUCUAAUUCUGUUGGUCCUCGUCUCGACCAUCAGCUGGUUCAUUCGUUACCGGUUCCUGAACAUGUACAGCCGUCUUCCUCCGGAACCACAACGGAAAGAACCCCAACUCGACCUCUUCCCCGAUGUCCAUGAAGGCGAUUCGAAGCCCGGUUUGGCCAAUUACCUCGAUGAGUUCCUCAGCGCGAUCAAAGUCUUCGGAUAUCUGGAGCGACCCGUUUUCCACGAGUUGACCCGCACGAUGCAGACGCGGAAAUUGGUCGCUGGAGAGACACUCAUGUUGGAGGAAGAAAAGGGUUUCUGCUUAGUGGUGGAUGGAUUGGUGCAGAUCUUUGUCAAAUCCAUUCGGGAUCGCAAACCGGGAAUCGAUGAGGACGUGCAUCACAUGGAUAAUGAAUCGUCGGACGAGGAAGGCCACAACAUUGGAGGGAAACAAGGGUAUCAAUUGCUCACAGAGGUCAAGAAUGGCGCAUCCAUGUCGUCGUUGUUCUCGAUUCUGUCGCUGUUCACCGAAGAUGUUCAACUCCGCGCAUCAGAGAGCACAAGAUCAAGCACCCCUAGUAAUGUUCCAAUGAGCGCAGGCGCAUCUCGCGAGCCCGAUUCAUUUCCUGCCAGUCCACAUGGAUCGAUCCCGCUGGAUAGUCCCUUGGCUAUGUCAAGAGGACGCAGUGAUUCUACUCCUCAUUUAAACGGUAGUGGAGAGUUACCAACCGUGCCACCGUUGAAUCUGGAUGAGAGUGCGCAAGACUCUCCGCGAGGGCCCAGGAGACUGCCGGGGAAGAAGAGGCGGAAAUCGGUCCAUCCAGAUAUCGUCGCGCGUGCGAUGGUGGACACGACGAUUGCUAUAAUCCCCGCCAGUGCAUUCCGCCGCUUGACAAGAGUUUAUCCUCGAGCAACUGCACAGAUUAUCCAGGUCAUUCUUACUCGUCUGCAGCGCGUCACUUUCGCCACCGCGCAUUCAUAUCUGGGUCUCAGCAGCGAAGUGUUGGGCAUUGAGCAACAUAUGGCCAAGUUUACGAACUACGAUCUACCCAAUGAGAUGCGAGGCACCGCAUUGGAUCGUUUGAAGGACAAAUUCAUUAAAGAAAGAGAUCGAUUGGGACCAGAGGAGAUCACAAAGGGAAUUGCGCUGCAUAAUCCUUCUCUCGGGCGAAGACGUAUCUCCACGACUAGUUUACGGAAGGAGGCUACUCUCCAUGCCAAAAUAGCGUCUUCACGGCGUCCUGCUUCGGUGAUUGGUCAGGAGAACUUGAAUAUGACUAGUGAACGCGACACAGGUGUCAGCCCUGGUGAUCUGUUGUCCACUAUUCAGCUUUCUAGAUUUGGACCGCGAUAUGAGCAUCUGGCCCCACGAUUGCAGACUCCUUUGGCAGAACGAGAACAAUCGCCUUUCCGGCCACCACAUCUCCACCGAAAGGAAUCGUCAAUUGAUGAGGAUGUUCUGUUCCGGGAUGCCAUUCUUGAUUGUAUUAUGAAGGGCAUUGGACUCAGUGGUAGUACCCGUGACGCGUUUCGCAAGAGUAGUCACUCAGGCGAUGCAUCCCCGAGACUUCUUUCGUAUGAUUCCCGGCGUCAGAAGGCCGUGUUCAGCAAUGCAUUUGGAUUCAUUGAUCCGUAUGAGGGCGCUGGAGAAGGCGAAACGGAGUCGAUGAUGUCGAUGUCGGUGACUAGCGCUGGUGGUACUUCGCCUAUUGUCAACCUGAAAGAGGAGCUUCGGAGCGAUAUUGAAAUUGUCUACUUCCCGCAGGGAUCGGUUUUGGUUGAGCAGGGAGAGCGACACCCCGGACUAUACUAUGUCGUCGACGGAUUCUUAGACGUAGGAAUUCCCGUGAGCGACAAGGGAGAAGACUUGGUUGGAACCUCCAGACCGACAUUCAUGUCCAGAUCGUCCGAGGAGCCAUUUCCGACGCUCAAACGCACUACGACUGGCACAACGCGGAGCUUCGCUGUUACUGGCGCGGCUGAGGGCAAUAAGCGGAAGAAGCAAUCACGGAAAUCGUUAUACAUGAUCAAACCCGGUGGAAUCCAGGGAUACGUGGGUGCUGUUGCAUCCUACCGGUCAUACACUGAUGUAGUCGCCAAGACUGAUGUCUAUGUGGGUUUCCUCCCGCGUUCAUCCCUGGAGAGGAUUGCGGAACGGCAUCCAAUCGCCCAAAUGACUCUGGCCAAGCGGUUGACCAGUCUGCUGCCGCCACUGUUGCUUCAUAUCGAUUUCGCCCUUGAGUGGGUGCAGGUCAACGCUGGACAGGUCAUCUACCACCAAGGUGACGAGAGUGACGCGAUUUAUCUUGUGCUGAAUGGCCGUCUGCGGUCUGUUUUGGAAGGCGCGGAUGGCAAGAUGACCGUGGUUGGCGAGUAUGGCCAAGGAGAGAGUGUGGGCGAGUUGGAAGUGAUGACAGAGUCGACCCGUCCUGCCACGCUACAUGCCAUUCGCGCUACUGAAUUGGCCAAAUUCCCCAGAUCAUUGUUCAAUAGUCUAGCGCAAGAGCACCCAGGUAUCACGAUUCAGGUCUCCAAGUUGAUUGCGCAGCGGAUGCGUGACUUGGUCGAGCACCCAGUGUCAGAAAAGGGUAUGGAGCAGAGCAACGCCGGUAGUGUCAAGACCGCGACGUCGACGAUUAACCUUCGCACGGUUUGUAUCUUGCCAGUGACUGCUGGGGUUCCAGUGGUGGAGUUCGGACACCGUUUGCUGCAUGCGCUUCAUCAGAUUGGUGUGACCAAUGGAGUGACGUCGCUAAACCAGGCGGCUAUCCUGAACCACCUGGGUCGACAUGCGUUUACGAAGAUGGGCAAGCUCAAGCUGUCUCAGUACCUGGCGGACCUGGAAGAGAAGUAUGGUAUGGUGCUGUACAUCGCAGACACCAAUGUAAAUGCGCCGUGGACUCAAACAUGCAUUACGCAAGCGGACUGUAUUCUGCUGGUUGGUCUGGCAGAGGCAUCACCUAACAUCGGAGAAUACGAGCGGUUCCUACUGGGAAUGAAAACAACGGCCCGCAAGGAGCUCGUCUUGCUACAUGCUGAACGAUACUGUCCUCCAGGACUAACUCGCCGGUGGCUGAAGAACCGGGUGUGGGUCAACGGAGGCCACCACCACAUCCAAAUGGCAUUCCGAUUGACGACCGAACCAUCCCAUCCCCAGUCAAACAAGCACCUGGGUACUGUUCUAAAGCAGCGUGUCCAGGUCAUUCAAGCGGAAAUCCAAAAGUACACCUCCCGACGAAUUCGCCAGACACCUCUCUACUCUGCGCACACGCCGUUCAAGGGUGACUUUCACCGUCUGGCGCGACGGCUCUGUGGUCGGUCUGUUGGUAUUGUGCUUGGUGGAGGUGGUGCUCGAGGUAUCGCGCAUAUCGGUGUGAUCAAGGCGCUUGAGGAGGCGGGUAUUCCUAUUGAUAUUAUUGGUGGCACGUCGAUUGGUUCGUUCAUCGGUGCCCUGUAUGCACGCGAUGCAGAUGUCGUUCCGAUGUACGGUCGAGCGAAGAAAUUCGCGGGUCGUAUGGGCAGUAUGUGGCGAUUUGCGCUGGAUCUAACCUAUCCGACUGUUUCUUACACUACUGGCCACGAGUUCAACCGUGGUAUUUUCAAAACCUUUGGCGAUAGCCAGAUUGAAGACUUUUGGCUAGAAUUCUACUGCAACACGACCAAUCUCAGCCGCUCACGGGCAGAGUUCCAUUCCUCGGGAUACGUGUGGCGAUACAUCCGUGCCUCAAUGACACUAGCCGGUCUCAUCCCCCCGAUCUGCGAUGAAGGCAGCAUGCUCGUCGACGGCGGCUACAUCGACAACCUUACCGUCUCGCACAUGAAAGGCCUAGGCGCGGAUGUCAUCUUCGCUGUCGACGUUGGCUCCAUCGAUGACAACACCCCGCAAGCCUAUGGUGACUCUCUAUCUGGCUUCUGGAGCGUCGUCAACCGCUGGAACCCGUUCUCCUCGAUUCCAAACCCGCCUACACUCUCUGAAAUCCAGGCUCGGCUUGCCUAUGUCUCGUCUAUUGAGAAUCUUGAACGCGCGAAGACGAUGCCUGGAUGUCUUUACAUGCGGCCACCGAUCGACCCGUACGGAACACUGGAAUUUGGCAAGUUCGACGAGAUCUACCAACUCGGGUACAAUUUUGGAAAACAAUACCUGGAAAGACUCAGGAAUGAAGGAUCGUUGCCUAUCCCCGAGGAAACAGAGGAGAAGAAGAAGUUGCAGAGAACUAUGGCGCCGAGGAGGGCUAGUAUUUGA